AACUACACAGGUUUUCCUACACCGUGUACAGUACUCACUGCACUAGUAAACAAUUUUCCUAUAACAGUCUCAGUCCACAACAAAUGGGUGCCCAUCGAAGUGAGGGACGCAGGGACUGGCUCCAGCAAGAUGCUGUUGAACAGCCGAUACAAGCAAUGAAUCCUUGGAAUAUCAUGAUCAAACACAGACAGGUUCAUCGAAGGGGGAGGCGAUCUCAGAUGACUGUAAGUUACACAGAUCCUGUCAUAUCUAUGGACUUGCUGAGAACAGUGUUACAGCCCAGCUUUAAUGAGGAUAUCAUGGCAGUCUUCAGGAAAUACAUGAGGUUCUUUGAGAAAGCAGCCAGCAACAUAAAAGAGAAUGUCGGAGAGGACGUGCAGACGGAUCAUCUGAUAAAAGAAGCCUGUCGUAAUUGUCUGGAAAAUGCCAAGCAUCUUUUCUCAGAUGGGGAGAAGCCAGCUGCAAAACCUGGUCUGGAGCCCUCAGUUAAACGUCCACGACCGAUAGAGGAUGACUCCAGUCAGAGGGGCAGCCCUGUUCUAAAAAAGAGGAAAGGACGUCCAAAUGCACCCACAGUUUCUUAUGACAGACCUGCCACAUUUAGUAACGCGCCUAAACCUAAGACCUCAGAGCCAAUAAAGCGUGACGGACCAAAGUGGGACCCCUCAAGACUGAACGAUGGCAGCACAUUUGUUCUUGGGUCACGGGCUAAUAAGGCUCUAGGAAUGGGUGGCACCAGGGGGAGAAUCUACAUUAAACAUGCUGAUCUCUUCAAGUAUGCUGCCGAUGCCCAGGACAAACACUGGCUAGCAGAGAGGCAGCACAUGCGAGCCACAGGGGGAAAGAUGGCCUACCUCCUUAUUGAAGACGAUGUUCAAGACCUGUCUCGGAGUGACGACUACAAAGACGGUCCUGACCUGAAAAUGGAUGAGCUGAAGCCUUUUACAGUACCAGGGUGGAUGAUCGAGAAGAUGCAGAAGGCCAUGGACGCCCAGAGGUCAGAGAAGGAAUAGAUCCAAAGAGAACCAAACUGAAACUGGAUCAUAUUAAGUCACAAAGAGGAACAGCAUUGUCCAGUCUUAUUUGUAGGUAGUGCUUUGGAUACUGUGGUGGAUUGUAUACAGCCAGUGAUCAGAGCCAUAAUGUGCACAUUGUCGUCCUUCACCUCAUACUAACAGACCACGGUACUGCAGCAGCAACAGAGGGUGCUAUAGGCCCUUUGUCAUUUGUAAAAUGUUGUGCCAAUUCCUCAGUCUGCAUAAUGUUUAAGGGAGUACCCCAGUAAUAAUGCUGACACGUUUUACUGUUUUAAUUCCAUCUCUUUUAUUUUGCUUUUUUAUUUAAUUUUUAAGUCCACUUAAAAUGUUCUUUGCAGUCUAGCAGUCUUGUAGUAGCCUACAUCUGUCUAAACAAUAUAAGGUGCUUAUUAUUUGCAGUGACUUAAAACUCCAAAAUGGAAUGUAUCAAAUUUGGAACUUUAUUUGUAUUGGCUAUGUUCAAAAGACGGUUGUGGGAUUGUAUUAUGUUGAGUUUGUGUGCCAGAUCAGAGAAUUGAUCAAGAAUAUUAAAGUUAUUCUAUUGUUUACAGAAAUAGAAUGUAAUCACAUUUGUCUGGCAUGGAAGUGUGUCCCUAGCCCCUUGAGUGUAAAACCAUUUUUGUCAUUGAUGUGGUGUUUUUUGUAAUAACUUUUUUUCUCCAGGGCUUGAUAUGAUAAAUGAUCUGUACAUGGAUAAAUGAUUUGUAAUUUAAUCACCUGUAGCUAUAUGAAUUGUAUUUUUCUACAUUUAUGCUACUGUUUUUAGAGAGCAAAUAUGGCAAAUAAUGGUUGAACGCUGGCAACCACUAGUAGAAAACAAUUAAAGACUCCUUUAAAUUUG